AGAGGGUGGCACCGAAGGGGAGAGGAGAAGAUGCAUGGCUCGCAAUCCCCUGCCCCUCUGCUAAUUAACGAAGGUGAUGUCCAGUGCUGAUACAAAACUAGAGAGAACAAGACAACGAAAGAAGGAUGGUCGAAAAGAGGUCAGAGGAGACCAAAUUGAUCCUUUUUCUCCAUGACCCCUGACCCCACAGACGAAGAAAGCAGGAGACAAAGAGAAAGAGAGAGAGGAGAUAGAGGGGGGACAGUACCAUCCCGUAACCCUCAGGUCCUCAGGAGUAAUGUCCCGGGCGGAGCUCAGUGGGUGAGCUGGUGCCCAGGAGGUCUCUGAGAUCCUAGCCCGGGAAGGGAAGGCCCCAACGUGGCAGAGGAAGACCGGAGGGUCCCUGGGCCAGGCCUUCAGUUGGUUAAAGGGGAAACAAGGGGAAAAACAAUGGCAGUAACAGGAUCGGGGAUACAGAGGGAGACCAAACCAAACACAGACAAUACCAGAAUCACAAUUCACCUAAAGGACCAGGGGGUGUGUGAGUUUCAGGACCAGGGGGUUGUGAGCUUUUGAAGAGGGACUAUCCAGAUGUUGCCUUUUGGGACACCUCCUUCACCUGGACUCUAGACCCCAUGUAGGGGGGGGUGAGGAUUACCCCGGAUUUCUUCACCAUGGGGAACAGCGUCCACAAGAACAAGAAGAGGGUCCCUGAAGCCCGCAAUGGACCCUCUUCACACCUCAACCCUGACCCCCGCUCAGGCUCUAAACCUGACCCUAACCCCAGCCCCCGCUCAGGGAAUACCAAAUCCUUCUGGCACUUUGGGCGGGUGGAUAAACUCAAAACAGCUGGUCCUAAGUGUCUGGAUGAACAGAAGGAGUUGACAGUUCACUACACAGCCUCCUCACACUACCAGGAGAAUGUGUUCAUCGAGUGCAACCGCCCUCAGUACCUACAGGACCUGCACACUGAGGCACGGGAGGGGUUAAAGAUACUGCAACAAGAAGAACACAACAAAGGAGUGGACUUUCAGGAUGACCAUAGUGACGCAGAUGUCAGCCCCAACCACAGGGAUGGAUCUCAGGAGUCAGGAAGUACAGCCGGGAUUUCUGUUACCGCAGUGACCUCUGCUGGAUUGGCUGUGUCCACGAGACCUGUGCUCACACGCCAAGGCUCCACAUUCAAGCCUCUGAACCCAGUGAAGAGACUGGACAAGAGGAAGAACAGGAGGACUACUAUCAUGGGCAUACCCCAGCAGGUCCAGAGAGAGCUGGCCCUUCACAGUGGCUCCGAAUACAAAGUUCAUUCCCAGCUCCCUAACGGCUCUGUCGGACAGGGUAGAGACGGCCAAUCAGGUGUGGUCGUCAUCCCCACCAUCGACGGAGAGACCCCUCUAGCCAACUACGAAGGGGCAAGAGUACACCUCUCAGACCUGGAGGCAUCCAGAGAGGAGCUGUUGAGACACCACCUCCAGUCUGUUUACAGGGACGACCAGGGCUUCAGCCACCACAGGGGACUGGACUCUCGUCUCUCCUCCACCCAGAGGCCCAAGUCUCUGGCCGUGCCGGGCACGACCUCCUCCGGCUCCUCUGGAUUCCCCAGCUUCCUCCAGGAGCCACAGGGUCCGGUGAUGUCCAUCUCUCCCCAAGCCACUUACAUGUCUAAGAUUAUCCCCAACGCCUACCUGCCGGCCUCCGUCGACGUCAUACAGAUUGACCGCAGCACCAGCCGUACCCGUGGAAACAAAGGUAAUGGAACGGCCCGUACCGUCAGCAAGAGCUGCCUGGCGUCCGGGUCGUCGGACAGCCCUGCGUCGUCGAGGAGGUCGGGCGGUGAAGGUUGCUAUGAAGGCGGUGACAGCGGUUCACAUGGUGACAGUAGCUCCUGUGACAAUGGCUCUAAGGUGACCCCACACUCAGUGACUUCAAGAUCCAGCUGGAGCCACUCGCAGUCUUCCGAGACGAUCAAGUCCAACUCCUCCGCCAUCUCCUCCACGAAGGGGAGCUUCGGACUUGCUAACCCACAGACGGUGAGCCUCGUUGGGCAGGAGACACAGCCGCAGAAGCCUGGUGCUGGGGACCAGGACAAGGUGAGCCUACAAAGCUCCGCUAGCUGGGUCAGCAGCACUAGUAGGGGUACUGGUACUGCGACCGCUCAGGGGGUCCUAUCUGGAUCUGGGGGGAUGAGCGAUGUUGGAGGAGACUCUUUCAGAUUCUCUCGCUGUCUGUCGAUCAUGAAGACCAAGUUGCCCCCGGCUCCCCCCAGGAGAACCAACUCACUGCACCAUGAGAAGAUGAUAAAGAGGCGAGUGGUGGAGAUUAAAGACCUCAGUGACUCUGCGGGUGGGAAGUUGGAGGCUGCUGAGGACACAAGCUUAGUUACGAUCGAGAUCUCUAAAGAGCUCUACAAAGAAAUCACAAAGAGCUCUGCCCCUGAAUCCAAAUCAUCUGGGUUUAACUCUUUAGAUGAUACCAGAUCUUCCGCAGCAUCUAGUCCUCUGAGUCCCACACAGGCCUCCCGUGGAGGUAGUGGCAAAUCAGAGGGGCCAGUGUCCAGCAGCUCUUCCCCCCAGAAAGCCCCAUCAGAAGAGGGUACAUUUGAAAGGACCAUGUCCCCCUCCAGUGGGUACUCCAGCCAGAGUGGUACACCGACACUUUCCCCCAAGGGGAUCCUCCCUUCCAUCUCCCCAGGUAAACAGAAGAAGUAUCCUGUCAAACCGGAACGAUCUGGUUCAAGAGCUUCCUUCUCUGCAGCCUCAGUCUCCUCUUCGCUCACCUCCCUGUCUUCACUCACCUCAGAACACGUCAAUCGAGAGGCCUCGAAAAACAGUUUUAACCCUCUUCAGCCGGCCUCCCUACCCCCGGCUGUUAUGAGAAUAGAAGAUCCAGAAACGGUGACCCCGGUCCGUUUCUCUCCAUCCAUGGCGAUCAGUGAGCUGCUUAACAUUCCGCCACCCCCCAAAAUCAAAGCCCCUUCCCCGCCACCCCCGGAGACCUGGGUCCACAACAGACACACCUUCGAACUGCUGUGUGGGCCUUGCCCCAACGUCAACAGGCUAGCACAGCUCCAGGAGCAACAGGAACUAAAAGAGCAAGCUGCCAUGAUUGAGCAAAAGCAGGAACCUCAAACUAAAGCUAGCAAGGAGUCUGAAGGCUCGAACAAAAAGCAGGCUACGGUAGAAGAAGUUACUUUGACAAAAUCAGAAAGCAAAUACAUUGUUCCCCGAGACAAGACCGAGCCUAUGUUAGAGCCGGCACCUGAGGUAUCGGAGAGCACAGAAAGUCAAACGAAAGAACAAGGAAGCCUGGCGGUGAUCGCAGAGAAGGUAAAAGCAAGUGUAGAGAUCCAGGACCAGAAGCAGGAACAGAGUAGUAGUAGCAGUAGUAGUGUUGCACAGGUCAAGGAUCAAGAAGAGAGGCUAGAGACACAAGUUAGUUUAACAAUGAUUCCAAAGAAGGAACCCCCUCCUGUCAUGAAGAAAAGUACUCAUAGAAAAGAAGCUAAAGUUCAAUUAACAGCAGACACACAACAAAAGUCGCCAUUUGAUGAGGUCACAGUAGAGGUGAAGGUAGAGUCCCCCAGCAAGAGUGAGAAGUGUUCUCCACAGGCUGAGGUAGUCGCUAAGGAAGUUGAGGUUGAGAUAGCAGCUAAGGAGGUCGAAGGUUGGAGUGCUACUGAAAACACUAUAGAGGAAAGUCCCACCAAAUCUACACAGACCCUUGCCGUGGAGCCUCCCAAAGUGGACCGGGUCUCCCCUCCAGCCUCCCCUCCCCCUUCCCACCACCCUCCUCCACCUCCUUCUAAGACACCUCCCUACUCUGUGGCCCCUCCCCCACCUGAGGUUGAGGAGGAGUGUGAGGAAGAGAUUCCCAUAAUACAGUCCUGCUGGCCCCCUCCACCCCCACCAGAGGAGCCAGCAGAUUCAGUCUUUGAAGAGAUGGACUUUCCACCUCCUCCCCCUCCCUUCAUGACGGAGAGCUUGCCAGAUGUGGUGGAGACAUGUAACACAGUCGCUGAUGUCCAGGAGGCGUCCAUUAUAGCUCUGGAUGGGGAGGAGGUUAAGGAAACCGUGAAUGUUUUCACUGUCGCAACUGUGAAUGGGGAAACUACAGAUCUUUCACCCAUUUCCACUCAAAUGGAGCCAAAAGAGGAUAAACCUGAAAGGGUGAUUCUGAACUCUAAUGCUCUAAUCCCAACUGAUGAAACCAGAUUUGAGGAAUCUGAAUCAGCUGAGCUCCAAUUAAUUCCUUCAGAUGAUUCAGCUGUCGUUUCUCCAGUUCAGCCCAAUGAAAAAGAGGCAGAGGUCAAGCAAUCUGCCCAGAAACCAAUCACAAUGCAAGACACCCCACAACCAACAGAAACUUCUCCUGAGUCACAGGAAGUCCCGCCCUUACCAGAGGAUGUCCCUCCCUCACACCAGGAAGCUCCUCCUCCUCCUCCACCAAUGACAACAGCCUUGGUGCCCCCAUCAAGUAUUCCUCCUCCACCUCCUAUCAAUGUCCCCCUCCCUCCCCGUGUACAAUUUGAGGAUCUGAUGCCCUCUGAGCUCCCUAACAGUGCCCCACGUCCACCACCCAUUAACAUCCCUCUCCCACCCCCUCUCCCAACUGAGAACCAACCCCCUGUGAUCUUCAGGAGACAGCCCAGCUUGGCGAACAGAGAGACCAGGAGCAAAGAGCUUCUGUCUAGGCACAAGAGUGUCCCUAUUCCCAAAGAAGAUGCCAACAUUCCACUGGUCACACCCUCUCUGCUUCAAAUGGUACGUCUCAGAUCGGUCAACGUUGGCGAAGACUACGUUAAAGCGCUUUCUGACGACAACAAUUCCAACAGUGGGAAACCACCUGCUCAGGAUCAGAGUUCAACCCAAAUCCAAACCCAAGGAUCGCAGAACAUAACACCCCAAAAACCAAUUCGGAGAUCCCUGUCACUAAAAUCCACACCUCGGCCACUGAAGUCGUCACCGGUGACGCUCAUCGCCCCCUCGAUGAGUAUGCAGGAAGCUAUCCGAAUGAAGACAGCAGCCAUGUCUUCCAGAGAUAAUCUUCCAACACGCUUUAGAAUGCCAUCCUCCACCUCAAUUCCCAGUUGCAGUGGGGGUAAAUCAGGAAUGUUAUCCCCAUUGUUACCAGAAGGAGGUGAGAUGCUAAAGACCCCCACCACCACCACUGCUAGCUUCAUCUUCUCCAGGAGCUCAAAGAAGGUUGUCAUAGAAACGCCUGCCUCCUCCUCCCCCGAGGUACAGGCGAGCCUAAAGCAGAGCCUAGCUGCGGAACUCAAGCGCUUUUCCGAACAAUCUAUGGCUUCCACAGUCGCUAAUGGCAACGUUGGAAGAACUGGGAUUCCGAGGAGAAUUCCGCCACCCGUGGCUAAGAAACCAGCUCACACCUUGGAGAAGCCUGUGUGUUCUACACUGAGGAGCACUCCGUCUCCAAGGGGAACAGAAGCUAACGGAGAGACAGAAACAGCGCAACCUGCGGGCCAGCAAGCACUGACAGAGGAGAGCAAGUGAAAUGGAGACGUCUAACAUUGUGGAAGCACCAUUGCGCUUUUGAAAAAGACUGGAUUCUUGUGGAAUGGGACUAAGACGGAUGAACAAAUCAAGGACUGCAAGAACCUGAGAAACAUGGGGGGGGGAGAGAGAGAGAGAGGGGGAGAGAGAGAGAGGGAGAGAGAAUAAUGAGAGUAGAGAGAGAGAGUCAACUCAGAGUUAAAAUGUCUUCAAAAGGCCUUUAUAUUUUUGCAAAAAAGAUGGCAUUGGUCCCCAUUUCUUUUCAAAGCAAAGCUUUAUUUUGGGAGUAUUUGUCUAAAACAGAGGUCCAGUGAGGAUGUAUUCAAUCCGUAUCGUGGAAGUUUAAAGACAAUGUUCCAGCAUUAGAGGAGACUGCCUUCACCGUAAACGCUCAGUCGGAAAAAUACCUUUAAAAAUACCUUUAAAAGCGAUUCAGCGCCACAGAUAGAAUAGAGAGCCCUUAAUCUGCUCUAGGAAAGUGCAACCAUCAGGACAAAGGACAAACUGCGGCUGGAUUUUGUAAAUACAGCACAAAAGGCUGUGCUUGUAGUAGAGGUCAUCCAGAGGUCAUCCAGAGGUCAUCCAGAGGUUAAAAAAAAAAAGGUAGCAGUCACUGCAGUUGAGAAAGAAAAAACAAGACGACAAUUAAAAGAAAAAAAAUCUUUAUAAAGAUUCCCUUUUGGAGACAAACAAUCACUGAAUUUUUUUUAUUAAUUCAUUAAUUAUCUUAUUUCCUAAUGGAAUUCCCAGAAUUUAUCUUUUGAUCUCGUCGAUCAAUCAAUCAAUUCAUUUGUGGUGUCAAUCAAUCAAUUAACACCACAUUUUACUGCGCCUAUCCGGGGUGUGUGUCAAUCAAUGUGUUAUUUUUGUUUUUUGACCAAUUAGCCCACAAAUUAUUGACGCUUAGGUAGGGUAGUGCAUGAGAAAAAAUACCGUUUAUAUAUUAGACCUAUUGUCAAAUUUAUUUUAUUUUUUAUUACAAAAUGUAAAAAAUCACUUUGUAAGAUAAUGAAGCUUUUAAAGUUUAGGCAAGAAAACCUUUUAUCCUUCUGAAAACUAACGUUCAACGAAAUGAGCUGCUUCCCAAUUCUAGAUCGCUUGGCCUGCAUCCCAAAUGGCACAUGCAUUCCCCACACAGUAGUAUGGUGGCAGCAGAUAGCAUUGUGGUCAGAGCGUUUGGCCAGGAACUGAAAGUUUGCUGGUUUGAAUACCUGAGCCGACAAGGUGAAUAAUUGUUAGUUUUUUUUGCACCAGGGGUACUGUACUACUAUGGCUGACCGUGUAAAACACCACGUUUUACUGCGCCUAUCCGAUGUGUGUCAAUAAAACGAUAUAUUUUUUUUUAAGUUUAAAUGUUGUAAACCAGAGAAUAUAGUGUAUUUUUGGGACACAACCCAAGCAGAUAGGCACAAUAUGGCUAUUCCUUAUAGUUACUUACAGUAAACACCAUUCCCAUGUGUUCAAAAGACAAUAUUGAUGGCUUUUCUGUUACUUAACCAUUUCCUGUUUUAUUAAUAUGUCUUUAAGUUGCUUUAAAAACAACGUUCUUUAUUAGUCCUGCGUCAGCAUUAUUAACAUCGUCUGUCAUUUCACAACCAAUUAUUAAACCUUUGGUUUGAGUUCAA